CUUUCUCAUUUUCCGAGCCCUUCGCUCCCGCGUACAUGUCCUUUCUCAUAGAUUCCCAACGCGUCCGACGACUUUAAAAAAUUACUGUAUCUCACUCCCUCAAUCGUCAAUCGUCACAGCCAUCCUCCAUCUUUCUCUCUCACGAGAAUAUUAUUUCUUAUAUAUUAUUUAUGUUUCUUUUGCUGGUUUUUAAAUUUAUAGUGCAUUGAACGAUGAAGGGCGACAAUCCAAGGCACGAACGGCGUCGUUGGGCCUCGGAUACCGUUCCCAACAGAGCGUUGAGCACCGAAUCAUCGCCGGCUGGGACGUCGGAUUACAAUUCCGUUGAGGAGUUCGUUGAAGUCACGCUCGAUCUUCAAGAUGACAACACGAUCGUGCUUCGGAGCGUGGAACCGGCGACGGUCAUUAAUGUCGAUGACGGAGGAUCGGAGCGAGGCGGAGCUCAGGCGACGGUGUCGGCGUCGGCGCCGGCGUCUAGGUCGACGUCGAUCAGGCGGAGCUCACCUAACAAGCUGCGGCAGUUCUCGCAGGAGCUGAAGGCGGAGGCGGUGGCGAAGGCUAGGCAGUUCUCGCAGGAGUUCCGGGCCGAGCUGGUGCGGCGGUUCUCGUGGGGCCACAGCCACAGCCACGCGUCGCGAACUCCGUUGGCUUUGGCAGUGUCUCAGAGCGGCGCCGGAGCUGAGAACGGCUACGCAUCGGCUAUGGAGGCUCGUGCUCGGCGGCGGGAACGGGCUCAGCUUGACCGGACUCGCUCCGGCGCACAUAAAGCGCUCCGUGGACUUAGAUUCAUUAGCACCAAAACCAAUGGCGCCGUCGAUGCAUGGAACCAAGUCCAAAGCAGCUUCAAUGUCCUCGCCAAAGACGGCUUUCUCUACCGCUCCGAUUUUGCGCAAUGCAUAGGAAUGAGUAAUUCGAAGGAAUUUGCUCUAGAGAUGUUCGAUGCUUUGGGAAGGAGACGACGGCUGAAGGUUGAAAAGAUUAGCAGAGACGAACUCUUCGAGUUCUGGUCGCAAAUCACGGAUCAAAGCUUCGAUUCACGGCUCCAGAUCUUCUUCGACAUGGUGGACAAGAACGAAGACGGUAGAAUCACUGAAGAAGAAGUUAAAGAGAUUAUCAUGCUGAGUGCCUCUGCCAACAAGUUAUCGAGAUUGAAGGAACAAGCAGAGGAAUAUGCAGCUCUUAUCAUGGAAGAAUUGGACCCAGAAAGAUUUGGCUACAUUGAGUUAUGGCAAUUGGAGACGCUGUUGUUACAGAAGGACACGUACCUUAACUACAGUCAAGCGCUGAGUUACACGAGCCAAGCGUUGAGCCAGAACCUUCAAGGGCUGAGAAAGAAAAGCUCAAUAAGAAGGUGGAGCACAAACUUGUUAUACUAUUUGCAAGAGAAUUGGAGGAGACUUUGGAUUUUGACCCUGUGGAUUUUGAUCAUGAUUGGGCUGUUCUCAUGGAAGUUCUAUCAGUACACGCAAAAGGAUGCCUUCAAAGUCAUGGGUUACUGUCUCCCUACAGCCAAAGGUGCGGCUGAGACUCUCAAGUUCAACAUGGCUCUCAUUCUCUUGCCUGUGUGUAGAAACACAAUCACUUGGCUCAGAUCCACCAAGCUUGCCUACUUUAUACCUUUUGACGACAAUAUCAACUUUCAUAAGACAAUUGCUGCAGCCAUUGUAAUUGGUAUCAUUCUUCAUGCUGGAGACCACCUCGCAUGUGAUUUUCCAAGGCUUGUAAACUUGCCUGAGGACAAGUAUGAGACCACUUUUUUAGAUCGUGACUUUGGAAAACUUAAACCCAGUUACAUUCAGCUGAUUAAAGGGGUAGAAGGGGUGACUGGAAUUGUAAUGGUGAUCUUAAUGGCGGUUGCAUUUAUACUUGCAACACGAUGGUUCAGACGGAGUCUUAUUAAGCUGCCCAAGCCCUUUGAUAGGCUCACUGGUUUCAAUGCCUUCUGGUAUUCGCACCAUCUAUUUGUCAUUGUCUAUGGUUUGCUCAUAGCCCAUGGCAGAUUCCUCUAUCUUGUGCACAAGUGGUACCUCAGGACGACAUGGAUGUAUCUUGCCGUUCCAGUUUUACUAUAUGCUGGAGAAAGGACCCUGAGGUUCUUUCGGUCUGGCUCCCAUACUGUCCGUCUUCUGAAGGUUGCCAUCUAUCCGGGAAACGUUCUUACAUUGCAAAUGUCGAAGCCACCCCAGUUCAAGUACAAGAGUGGACAAUACAUGUUUGUCCAAUGUCCGGCUGUUUCUCCAUUUGAGUGGCAUCCAUUUUCCAUUACCUCUGCUCCCGGAGACGACUACCUUAGUGUUCACAUAAGGCAGCUAGGUGAUUGGACACAAGAGCUUAAGAGGGUAUUCUCUGAAGCUUGUGAAACACCUGGGGCCGGAAAGAGUGGGCUUCUCAGGGCUGAUGAAACAACCAAGAAAAGUUUGCCGAAGCUCUUAAUAGAUGGACCUUAUGGUGCCCCAGCACAAGACUACCGGAAGUAUGAUGUCCUGUUACUUGUUGGGCUGGGGAUUGGAGCAACACCUUUUAUCAGUAUUCUAAAAGAUUUGCUCAACAACAUUAUCAAAAUGGAGGAGGAGGCAGAUUCAAUCUCAGAUGUCAGCAGAAUAUCAGACCUAAGUACCAGAAGUACAGAUUCUUCAACGACCAAUAGGGUCAGUCCAAGGCGAAAAAAAACUCUGAAGACCACUAAUGCUUACUUCUACUGGGUGACUAGGGAGCAAGGCUCAUUUGAUUGGUUUAAAGGGGUAAUGAAUGAAGUUGCUGAUCUUGAUCAAAGGGGUGUCAUUGAGAUGCACAACUACCUGACUAGUGUUUAUGAGGAAGGAGACGCCCGAUCAGCCCUCAUUACCAUGGUGCAAGCACUCAACCAUGCCAAGAAUGGAGUCGACAUUGUUUCUGGCACUAGGGUCCGAACGCAUUUUGCAAGGCCUAACUGGAAGAAAGUGUUCUCCAAGAUAUGUUCCAAGCACUGCAAUGCAAGAAUUGGGGUAUUUUACUGUGGGGCACCAGUUUUGGCUAAAGAACUCAGCAAGCUCUGCUAUGAUUUCAAUCAAAAAGGUCAAACCAAGUUUGAAUUCCACAAGGAGCAUUUCUAGAAGACUGGGGGGUGCGUAUAUACCUCCUGUUUACACCCUCUGAUCACUCCACCAUUCAAAACCAUUUUUUAAUAUGCUAGAAAGAGAAGGAACAUAAAUUGAAUCAUUGUACAGUCCUGGGUGGAGAAAAGCAUAUAGGGUAUUUUUUAUUUUUUUUUUGGUUUAGACUACAAACAAUAUUAUAGUUGAUAAUAGAUUUAAAUUCUUAAUGUUCCACCACUGGGUCUGCAUCUUCUACACCCAUAUGGGGACAGAUAGGAAGCCAUAGGUGGCAGAUGAUGUGGAGCAAUAUUAUAGUGCGGUACAGCUACAAAAGAGUAGUUGAACUAAUGGGUAAUGAUGUGAGAGGAAGCACGCUAGAGACUUUGUAGAUGAUGGGUAGAAGAAGAAGACAGUUUUGGAAUGGGAGAAACUGAGGUAGGUAAUUGUGGACUGUCUGGAGGUGGUGGUGGUGGUGGGGAUCUUUUAUGGCAUGUCUGUUGACCUUUUCCAAUUUUUUUCUUCAUUUGGGGCCCUCCCAAGAGAAUCCUUCUAGAAACGUGGACACUGAUAAGGAUGUCCACAUGUUUGGUUCUUAGAAUAAGGAAAACAUGUAUAAAUCACCUUCAUAUUUUGUCCUAUACUAGAGAGAAUUAUUGUUAGUUUAUCAUGGUAUAUCAAUCUGUAAUGAAUAAAAUUUAUAUUGAUUGGUUACCAUCAUUCUCUUCAA